GAUCUACACCCGCGUGUCACGCCUCGAGCUCACCCACGCGAUAUGAUCAUGAGUCUUACUUGUACCCACACGACUUGAACAUGUCUGCCUGUGCUCACUCGUACAGUCCUACUAUUGCUCUUAAAGACGUCCCUUGCUUGUAGACGUGCACCGUUAUAUCCGCAACUCCGCAAUACAUCCCCGAGCACACCUCAAACGCGACGACGCCUGCUAUCAUGGAUCGGGUGCGGCAGAUAUUCGAGCGCGAGAACUCGUCAGCCGCGUAUGAACCGCUACAGGGGGGAUCUGAGCGGCCAGAUGGCGAGCACAUUGAAGCAGAGGAACACGCAUUCUCAUGGACCGACUAUGCCGUCUUCACGCUGCUGGGCGUCUCUAUGCUAUGGGCUUGGAACAUGUUCCUGGCAGCAGCCCCGUACUUCCAGCGACGCUUCGAGUCCAGCGAUAAUCUGCUCCGCAACUUCCAGUCUUCCAUUCUAUGCGUCUCCACUGUAGGCAACCUAGGCUCCAUGAUGGUCUUGACCAAGCUCCAGGCCCGUGCCAACUACCCCAAGCGUAUCAUCGCAUCCCUCGCCCUGAACGCCGUUGUCUUCACCUUGCUCGCUAUAUCCACAAAGUUCUUCUUGAACAUAUCCGUUGGUGUCUACUUCGCCUUCCUCAUGCUCAUGGUCUUGAGCGCUAGUCUGGCGACAGGGCUCUGUCAGAACGGUGUCUUUGCAUACGUAUCGGGAUUCGGAAGAGAAGAGUAUACACAAGGAAUCAUGUCUGGCCAGGGCAUUGCUGGCGUCCUGCCUUCCAUUACCCAGAUCAUAUCCGUCCUAUCAGUGCCCAAAAAGCAGCACGCCCAUGGAGCACCGCAAGAGUCAAGCACAUCUGCUUUCAUCUACUUCCUAACCGCUACUGCUGUUUCUGCUGCAACCCUGGUAGCAUUCUUCUACCUCCUUUCCCGGGCUAGCUCCAAGCAGCGCUUAUCGCACGCCUCACUCAAUGAAGGACCAGAAUACGACCCGGCUCACAGCGAGCGCAAGAGCAUACCACUAACGAGAUUGCUCAGGAAGCUCUUUUGGCUCGCCGGCGCCGUCUUUCUCACUUUCACAAUCACCAUGUUCUUCCCAGUCUUCACGCCACAAGUGCUGAGCGUGCGCGACCCUUCAACUGCACCUCGUCUUUUUCAGCCGGCGACUUUCAUACCUCUAGGCUUCUUCUUCUGGAACCUUGGUGACCUUAUGGGCCGAGUAGGACCCGCUCUGCCUGCCCUACGUCUUACGCAUCGCCCGCGCCUCCUAUUCGUCUUGUCUAUUGCGCGAGUAUUCUUCAUACCCUUGUACUUUCUCUGUAAUAUCGGUGGAAGGGGCGCCGCUAUCAACUCCGAUUUCUUUUACUUGUUCGUUUUGCAGUUACUCUUUGGCAUAACAAACGGCUACUUGGGGAGCAACUGCAUGAUGGGUUUCGCAGAGUGGGUUGAGCCGGAAGAACUUGAGGCAGCAGGGAGCUUUAUGUCAUUGUCGCUAGUUGGUGGUCUCACCACGGGAAGCUUCUUGAGCUUCUUUGCUGCACAGUCCUCGUGAGCUUGGGCAUUCUCAUGAGUGUGGCUUACCCACGCGACCAGCAUCAGCGGGUUCGUUGAUAGCUAACGUUGAAUAUGAAAUCUCCUAUGAGCCACGCAGAAUCGCUUCUUUGAAUCUUCUUUAAAUCUUCUUUCAACUUUGCAAAACAAUGGCUACUAACAUCAUCUACAUAGUUGUUAGAUGCCAGCUCCACCUUCGCACUGCUCAGCAGAAACAAAACGGUGGGAAAUUCAAAAAACCCAAAUUUAGCUGGACGGAGAAGACGGCACAGAACAAUGCUUUCCUCCAGCCCGAAGAGUCAGGGAGCACAUACGAGGUGGUAGAACUAGAAGCUGCAGAUGGCUCACGAUGGAAGACCAAGCUAGUCCAUAGCACGUCUUGUGAAGAGGACGUUCGUAUCGCUG